UGGGAAUCUCAUAUGUGUCUUUUGCGUAGGUUUAUAUGACAUAAAUAUAACCUAUUUAUCAACGUUUAAAGGCCUCCAUUGAGAACUUAAACAUGUCGGAUAGACGUUUGAUUUCGAACUGAUAAAUGUAGUAUCACACAGUAUCGAUUUAUUUCUUAGAAAUAACGUUUAUAUUUCAUUUUGUGUAACACGCCCGAAAUUCAUUUGAAGCGUCUCUUAUCUGUUAUGACGUUUAUAUCUGAACGGUUGUAAACAUUUCGAAGGAAGAAGUUUACGCGUUACAAUACGGAGUGUCUGAAAGCUUAUAUUUUGAUUAUACAUCACUUGAUACACAUUGCCGGGUAAGUCCUUUUUUAUUUAGGACAGCACCACCCGAUCGCAUAUUGAUGUGGGUUCUAUCUCAGAGAAGUGACUGUGUUUUUGGAGCACUUUCUAUUUGUUGUGUGUGAAUGAGUACUUUCCGGGAAAUAUAAAUCGUCUAACUGGGUUUGGAGGAUCUGUUAACCAUGUUCAUUUUAGUGCAUCUGCAAGGCAAUCUGCACACAGUGUUAUCGUGAGUGAUCAAACUUCAGAAAAUGAUGCAAGAAAGCAGCGUGUUUGUCAUUGCAUUUUUGGUACACUCAGCAGCAACUGGAUGGUUUUUCAAUAAACUCGGAGAAAUAACACCUAAGGACCCACAAGUCGUCGUAAACGAAACUUUGGAGCUUAACUGUACGGUGUUUGAGGAUUCCGGAGUAAAUGUCUCCAUGCUCUACUGGGAGGAUAAAUUUGAACAACGAGUGCCUGAUGACCACGUGAUCCCCGUUGGAGAAAGGACAUUAUUAUUUAGAAAAGAAAUCACAAAUGUUAAAGAAGAGGGAAUUUAUACAUGUAAAAAGAGUAGUACGAAUGGGAAAGGAGAAAUUAUUGCUUAUACACAUCUUCUCGUCGAAUAUGAAGCUAUCCGUGAUGUUACAAAUAUUACCUGUGUGAUAUAUGAUCAGACGAGCGAGUUGACAUGUAUCUGGGAUCUCGGAUUGUAUCAUCACCCUUGUUUUCUUCGGUUCAACGCUAACUUGACUGUGAAUCAGGAGAGCGUAGUUACCUGUCCAGCGAUAAUCAAAAACGACGACUGCAAAAGGAUGUCCCAGAUAAGCUGUACCUGGACGUCAGCUGAUGCUACCAUUGGUGCCUUAGAGAACAAAAUUGAUCUGGAAAUUCGGAACAGCAAAUAUGACGUUUCAUCAAAUUUAUUUCAAAGAACUUACUACAGACAAGAAAUAACAAAGUAUGGACCUACAAGUGACAUAAAUGCGACGAUUCAGAAGAUGACAACUUGUACAUGCGCCAAUAUUACCUGGGAAGGAAUACCAGGACUUAUACGAACCUCAUCCAAGUUAACUAUUCACUCAGAAUGGGACUCCAAAGUAUAUACAACGGAAAAUGAAACUUUAUCGGUAUGUGAUCUCAUACCAGACUCUAAAUACAACAUAACGGUUCAGGUAAAACAUCCAAAUGGACUAUACUACAGUGAUAUAAAACAAUCAAGUUUCUCCACGUGUUCUGCAGCACCAUCGAGAGCGCCCACUGUAUUCCGGAGCGGGUUCUCCUCGGGCACGUGCUACAAUACGCUCUAUCGCAAUGUCACGGUCUACUGGAAGAAAAUUCCACGAAAGUAUCAAAAUGGAAAAUUGACGAAAUACAUCCUUGCAUAUGAUGGUGCUUCAGUGUCGGUGUCAGCAGAGAACUCACAUGGCCAAUUACAAACCCCCUGUGCACGAAACUCUUCUAUAAGCGUAUAUGGGUGCAAUGAAAUUGGCUGUUCACCGAAUUCAACGAGCGCAAUACCUCAAUUCAAAGACAGUUUCGCUCCAACGAAAUUAAUAGUUGAACAUCAUAACACAUCUGCGGUAGAACUGACCUGGUUUGGAGGAGAAGGUCAAAUCGAGGCUGAUAUUGUUUGGUGUACUGCUUCCUUCCUAUGUCAGAACGAAAUAAACAUACUGUUAUUCAAAGGAAACGUCACCCACACAGUCCUUCAUCAGAAUGAGAUAAAUAGCUCUAUUCAAGAUGUCAUCUUUGGUGUUGCUAUUUUAGAUAAGAACAAGGUCAGCAGUGGAAUAAGAUGGCAGGAUCCUUGUCGUUACAAAAAGGACUAUGAGCCAAGAGAAAUCCGGGAUGUGUCUUUACAACCUGAACCACCAGAAAACAGUUUGGUCGUCUCAUGGAGUCCACAUCUCUGUGACACCAGCACAGAUAGUAAUGCUUACGUCCAUUUCUAUAAAAUCAUCUACUGCCAGCUGAUAUCUGGUGACUGUAAAGGGACCGAAAGUUCAGUUUCAGUUUUAGCAUCUGCUAAUACACAAUACAUGAUUCAAAACCUUGAGCCCGAAAAAGAGUAUGGAAUAUGGGUAAAGGCGUCGUCUCUGACAAGGGAGGGACCAAGGAGUGAAAUUGUGACUGGUCGACCCACAAACAACGAUUUACCAUCAGGAGCCACUGCAGGAAUAGUAGUUGCUUCUCUUUUUGUGUUUGCCCUUGUUUUCGCUGGAGUAAUGUUCAUUGUUAGAAAUGUCAAACAUAGACUCGGUUUUGAUGAAGCAUUUCCCAUACACAUUCCAGAGAUGGAUAACAAGAUUUUCACCGAUGAACAAGGGAAAUCACAUCAAUAUGAAAAAGUCGAGAAAAACGUAUCCAUUUCUAGAGAGACAGAAUCAGCAUCUCUUUCAACACAGAACUUUGCAAAUGGAGUAGCGCAAUCAAAUGGCGUUCUUAUUCAGAUGAACAAAAUGUCAAAUUCAGUUAAUGUGACAUUGCGUCAUGACCAACUUAAAGAAGUUAAAAACAGUAUAAAAGCCGACAAACCUGCAAGCGGAUUUAUUGAGAAACAACGAAACGACAAACCUAAACAGAAAAAAGAAUUACCUCCGGAUUAUACACAAGCAGUUACUGUUGAUCAAUGCCUAAAGGAGAAUGCAGAUAUUUUGGAUUACAUAGAAUCUCCAGAACUUUCUACUCAAAAUAAUGGCUAUGUGUCUCAUAAUGGAAUGAAUGAUGACAUUCAAUAUGAUGAUGAGAAACGUAACUUAGGAACUCUAACUUUGAAUGAACAAGACACAAAACCUGAACAAAACAAAGAUUGCAAUAUGCAGAACAUACUUUCAUUAAAUGAUUGGAACGAAACCGCAUCAUGCCAUGCAUUACAGAGUAAUGUUUCAACAGAAUCAAACAUGUCGACGAUGAAUGCGCGUUUAAGGCAAAACCAACAUGUGUGCCAUUCUGAAAUCAAAACAGCUGAUUUGGUAGAGGAAAGCAACAACAAUGGCAUAGUCAUGAUGUGUAGUGAUUACGUACCUUGUAAUCAGCAACAAGCUAUAGAACUCUCUGUUCCUGGUGAGCUAAAAUCAAAUUCAAUCUCUACAACAAACCCAGAGAGUAUAGCUACAAUUGACAGCACCAACACAAUCGGGUAUGUGACACAUUCAGGUACUAGAAUAUGCAAUAUGUAAUAAGUCGGGCAUUUCUAUAUAAUUGUUCCAAUUGGAGUUUAGGGGAGAGAGAGAGAGAGAGAGAGAGAGAGAGAGAGAGAGAGAGAGAGAGAGAGAGAGAGAGAGAGAGAGAGAAAAAAUGAAUGUGUGUGUGAGAUAGAAAAACUUUGUUCUAACAAAUGUAUUAUUGUAUGAUCAAUGUUUUUGAUAUUAUUUUACAUGAUGUAUAUAAUUUUUUUUAUAUAUGAUAACGUUUAUCGUCAUUUUGUUAUUUAAUGACCAAAUUUCUAUUCAUCUAUGUGUUCUUGUUCAUUAUCCUAAGGUAUUCCAUCCAUAACUAUGAUAUUUGAUAUCUAAAAAAUUGCACGUUUAAUUAUUAGAAUUUUAGUGUGAUUUUAAGGGGUCUAUUAAAUAAUAAAGAUUCACCUUUAAAAUUGAUAAAAAAAAUUGCAUAUUAACAAAUUUACCAUAUGUUGAGGUAAACACUGAAGUCUAUGGAUAUGCAUUUUUAAUUUUAUUUUUUUAUUAAGUAGUUUUCUCAAAUUUCUUUAAGUAAAAAGUUGCAAAAGCUUUCCCUUUCUUCGAAUAUGCUAAAAUAAUUCAUAAUUUACCAACUAUAUUUUCAGAAAAUGAUUUUUUUUAUUUUCCUGAAGGGCGGACAACUCUAUAAAAAUAUUAAGUGCAAAAAGUUAAUUUAAUUGAUUACAUACAUAUUCCCAAGUUUGGUUUUUGUCAGCCUCAUAAUAACUUUAAAAUACGUGUUUGAUAUAGUAUAGAUCAACCAAAUUUGUUAAAUUUCCCUUAGUUAUGAAUGGACUACCUUAAAAUCAGACAAAACAGAAACAUUCAUUGUGAAGAGUUGGCAAAACUGUAUUAUUGUAUGAUCUGACAUUAUUUAUAUACAUUUCGUGCUUUACAAUCAUUUUAUAUGUUUGUCUUAAACCAUUAUCACUUUUACAGUAUUUAGUCAUUUAAUGUUAAUAUAUAUAUAU